CAGCACGUGAUCCACCCGCCUAGUGUACCUUUUGCAUCGGUGCCCCUUGCCGGCAGUGGAGCCUGGGCGACCCCUUUCCCUUUACGGACGAAGGACGCCAGGCGAAAAAAAAAAGUUGCUACAUCAAUAGAAAGUUGCCCCUACAACAUUCACAUCAGAGUGCGCCAUCUUUGAGGCUUUUUUUGCAUCUCUACUAUUAUAAUAUAGAAGAUAUCAUCUGUGUUGAAUGCAAUACGAGGAAACUUCUCUUUAAUUCCCACUUCAGCCAUGUUCCGACAAGGCAUGCGUCGGUGCGCCUCGGCCGCCAGUCGCAUCACCGCGACGCCAUCGAUGCGAUUAACUGCCCAACGCUGGACGAUUUCGCAGACGGCUGCUACUCCGUUAUAUUCGGUUACACCCAAGCUGUCAUCAUUUGUUCACUUCAAGCAGUAUAGCACUGAGCGCGACGAAUCAGCAGCGCCAGCCGAGUCUGAAGAAUCGAUGCGCUUCGACGAACUCUCCCGCCUUGAUCUGAACCCGACAAUCCUGUCCAACAUUACAGACGGCCUGGGAUACGAAACGAUGUCUCCGGUACAGGCUAAGACCAUUGCCCCGGCACUGAAAGGCACUGACAUCGUUGCCCAAGCUAAGACUGGAACUGGCAAGACAAUUGCGUUCCUGCUCCCUCUCCUCCAGCGUAUGCUACACGAAGAUCCCUCCCUUGCCCACAGAAAAGCCCUCCGCCAGGCUCGAUGCGACGAUAUCCGCGGUAUUGUUCUCUCGCCAACCCGUGAGCUGGCAAUGCAGAUUGCCGAGGAAGCUAAGAUGCUUGUUAAGAACACUGGAUUGGUUGUGCAGAUCGCUGUUGGUGGUACCCAAAAAAGUGAAAUGCUCCGAAGAGCGCGCCGUAUGGGUUGCCACCUACUGAUUGCUACCCCUGGCCGUCUUCAUGAUCUGCUUAGCGACCCUCGAAGUGGCAUAGAAGCCCCUAACCUGGCCGCAAUGGUCUUGGAUGAGGCUGAUCGUAUGCUCGAUACUGGUUUUGAGCAAGAACUGAAGAGCAUUGUCGAUCUUUUGCCGAGCCCCGACCAAAAGGUUCGCCAGACGAUGCUUGUGUCCGCUACGAUCCCCGACAACGUCAUCCGUCUCGCCCGUACAAUGGUCCGCCCAGACGACUUUGAGUUUAUUCAGACUAUUCCUGAGAAUGAGUCUCUCACGCACGACCGAAUUCCUCAGAAUAUUGUCAAGUUAGAUGGCUGGAAGAAUGUCUUCCCCAGCGUCUUUGAGCUGAUCGACCGUGAAUCAGCCAAGGCAAAAUCCAAGCCUGAUGCUAAGCCUUUCAAGGCCAUUGUCUACUUUAAUACAACGGCGCUUGUGCAGAUGGCUGGCGAAUUAGCUUACAUGCGCCGCAAGUCUGGCGACAUGAAUGUCCAGACGUACGCGAUUCAUUCAGCACUCACCCAGAACCAGCGAACUCGCGCUGCCGACUUCUUCCGCUCAGCAUCCAGCGCCAUUCUGUUUUCUAGCGACGUCACCGCCCGCGGAAUGGACUUCCCAGAUGUCACACACGUUAUCCAGGUCGACUGCCCUCGUGAUCGUGAAUCCUACAUCCACCGUCUCGGCAGGACCGGUCGCCAAGGAAAGGAUGGUGAAGGCUGGAUUCUUCUCCCUCCGUCAUCCCUUCGAACAACAAGAAACAUGUUAAAGGGCUUACCCAUCAAGCCCAAUGAAUCGUUAGAGAGUGCGACGGCAAGCCCUGGUGCUGCUGGAGAAACCAGCUAUGUGGAUGAUACCGCUCAGCUCUAUUCUCGUUUGCCCUCGAACCUUCUCGGAAGCACAUACACUUCUGUUUUCGGUGCUCACAUGGGAAGCCGAGAAGAGCUUGCACAAGAAUUACAGCAGUGGGUCGUUGAAGGCUGGGGUUGGGAGGCACCACCUCCAGUUUCGACAUCGUGGGCCAGAAACCUUGGAAUCAGCACCCGCUAUCUGAACAUCAACUCACCACCUCGGACAGGAUUCUCUCGAGAUGAGAGAUCCAGCCGCGACGAUCGGGAUGACCGAGACGACCGAGGUAAUCGUGGUGACGCAUUCGACAACAUGCGUCGAAACGUCCGCCGAGAUGACCGUGGCAGAGGUUCCGACAGAUUUGGUGGUCGGGGACGCGACUCUGGCCGUUUCCCUUCUAAGCGAAGAGAGCGCUUCUCUCGACGAGACUCAUACCCUCGACACAAAGAGGAGGAGUCUAGCUGGUAAAGACUUGUACUAUUUAUUGGAAUAGAGGCAAUCAGCACACCGGCCACUCCAUACGUUGGCAUGGUUGUUUGCCUCACAAUUCCCUGUAUUCUAUAUUUCAUUUUCUUUUCCGCUACAUCGCAAACGAUGGGAUCUUUGAGUCGUAUGGCACGACAUAUUUUGUAUUAUAGACACACUCUCUGGGUUGUUUGUUUGGCGUAUCCGGGGGGCAACCAGAAAAGCAACGACAAUCUCUCCUAGCACUUGAAAAGCUCCAAAAAGCUGUUUGCAUAUAGACUUUAUAAAAUCAAUUCCCUUCCUAUAUCUUUUCUAUGAAUAAGAGGGCAGCCAGCAACGCUAUGGUUAUAUCGAAAAAAACAAAACUGGGUAGUAAGGACACCCUCGCCACCGCCAAUUUUUAUGAACAUCUUCUUCUUUCUGGGCCUACCCAAGCUUAGCGCUGGGCCAUGAGCAUAUUGGCAUCCCAGAGUAACACCCGCUCAUCCCAUCCAACUGAUGCGACCCAGCCGCCUGCACCAAAGAGACACCAGUCUACGCCAGUGGCAAAUUCAGUGUGUCGGUUCAUGAUGCCCAUCUGCUGACCCAGACGCAGGCCUUGUGGUCCUUGAGGAGCAAUACUCGGCUGUCCACCGGAUCCAUCAUUCCAUAAUCGUACGGUCAUGUCGUAGCUGGCAGAGAGGAGGAUGUCAGCUGAAUGAGGGCUCCAAGCGACCUUGCGAACGGCAUAUUCAUGGCCCUGCAUCAGUGUCAAGGGCCCACCUGUCGGGUUUCGAAUAUCAAAGGUUCGCAGGAGCCUAUCAACGCCACCCGUAGCAACCACAGUAUCGUUGUACUUGUUCCAAUCGUGCGUCAGUACUUCGGCAGGAGGGCUACCGCCCGACGGGCCGGCGGAAUGGACUGGUAUUGUGGAAACUAGGUGGUAUUUGGCAGACGAGGGUGUACGGAGGUCGAAAAGUCUCAGAUGAGAGUCAGAGGAGACGGCUGAUAUAAGGGCUGGAUUUGAGGGACAAAACGAUGUACUAUAUGUGCAGUUGCCAAUGGGGAGCGUCUUGAUAGAAUGGCUUCUUGUUGGCGACCACUGGAGCCUGUUAGCAAUAUGGCCAAGCGCCUUGUCAGCUCUAAGAAAGGAGACUCACAAUCUUUACAGUUCCGUCCCAAGAGCUAGAAAUGAAUGUAUCUUUUGUUACAGGAUUCCAGCAGACCGAAAAGGUCUCGCGCUUGUGCUCGUGGAAGUUCAUGACGGGGAAGUCGUUAACGCCGAGAUCAAACAGCUUGAGAGAGCCAUCUCCGCAAGCGACAAUGACCUGGUUUUCGUUGAUUUCAGACCACGCAAGGUCAUAUAGUGCAUCGUUUGUAUCGAAUCUAGACAGAGAUCAGUAUUGCGAUUGGUGUUGGAUUACCGGGAGGACCAGCAGGGUGCUUACGCCUUUUCGACCUGUAUGCCUUGCGCCGUGAGGCCCAGAGUGAAGAGGCGGCCAUUGCCGACAAUACCAAAGUUCGAGGAAGCAGCAACUGCUAUGCGCGAAUCGUAAUAUGGUGAAUAUUUAACCGCAUAUGGGUUGUAGCCCUGCGUACGGAACUCGAGCAUAGCCGCCAUCUUGGAAGAGGGGCCGGGAUGUUAUGGGAGGGGUAGAUAAGACUGGACAAACGCUGUUUCUGGAGGCGUUGUACUUUCUUUUUUGUAAUGUUGUUGAAUGUUGAAAGGGAACAAGAAGACAAGAGAGCGGGUAGUCGGAGAAUACAGUCGGGUUUCAAUUGGUGCACAAGCCAGCAAAUCAGCUCUCAACAAUUGCUUCUGAC